AUGAUAAAAUUGUUCAUUGAAUUUUACAGCAAGCCAACUGUCAACUGCAUCCGAAAAUGGAAGCCUGUCUCGCAGAAUAAUCGGUCCCAGGUCCACACUGAUUUUGCCAAGUGUGUCUUUUAUUUUUGCAUUUUCGAAAUCAUGAAUUAUCAGAUUUACUCUCGUUUUUUUUGCAACUAAAUUGAGAACCGUAACAAUUAGACAAUACUUAAUCUUUCAGAAAACCGGGUGAAAUGGUUUCCCUGCAUCAGCAAUGUCAAAUUGCCUUUGGACCGAACUUUGGAGCGUGUCCUGUGGGUUGUUUUUCACUGGUUUUCUAGUAGAGGGUUAAGAUAAUUGAGAAAAAAUAUUGAAAAGUUUCUUUUUUAUAUAGUCGAUCCUCCUUCCCGACUUGAAAGGCGAGAUAGGUAGAUCCGACUUAUUUAGUAUACGCUGAUAAAUGUUUCAUGAAACUCUUGAACUUUUUCCUUUCUAGAAUAACGAGUACUACCACGGUCGACCCAUUUGUAAACGAAUCUGGUGUAAAGACCGUCGACUGAAAAGAUCGGAGCCUUGCCAAACUCUCACUUAUUUCCCCGCUUUUGAUGGAACCGAAUGUGCGAGGAAUAUGGUUCAUUUUCUCUCCUUUUUUUGAUAAAGGAAAAAACGUUUCAGUGGUGCAUCGCUGGGGAAUGCAUUGAGAACCCGAAGAAAUGGAUAGGUAUAAUCCGAAUAAUUUGAAAAAUAAAAGUUUUUGAUUUCAGACUGCAAGGAUCUGAACGCCAAGACUUGUUCUCGAUAUUCCAAGUCGAAAUUGAAACACUACUGCAAUUCGAAGCAUUUUCAAGAUAUUUGCUGUCGUACGUGUUCCAAAAUAAAAACUACUGCUUGAUAUUGUUAACAAAUGUACAUAAAACUUUAAUCGAAAAGUGUUCUUUCUGUCCAAUACAAAGGUAGGCAAAUUUUUAGUGCAUUUUUUUUAAAAACGCCUUUUUUCGCUUGAAAUUUCAUUUUCAAAAAAUUUUGCUACAUCAAAAUCACACAUCAAAGGUCGAAAGCACUCCACGAGUCCUGUUUGGUAGCGAACACGCUGCAAUCCAGGCUUAUCAUUUAUUGCCAAUUUUGAUAACGACAAGUGUUUCUGGCAGUUUUGAAGCAUGAAGUUGGUUUUCCUCGCUGCUUUGACCGUCGUCGUCAACGGCUGGUACUAUGGACGACCUGAUCCGGGCUCCAGCACAACGUAAAAUUUUAAACUCCACUUUUAAUUAGAGUAAUUUUUGAUCAGAAAUAAAAAAGAAUAACAAGAAAAAGGCAAAGACGGAUGAUAGGCUUCUCAAUGAGGUUGUGGAUAAACUGGUUAAUAUAAAAUAGACAAGAGAUAUACCAAAAAAAUUAGAAUAUUUUCCAAAAAAAAAACUUUUUGAAAAGUUGGGCGUCAAAGUACGCACUUACGCCUGCGUGUAGACUUAACGGAUUUCGUAAAACGACAAGAGAUAGUUUUCAAUAAUUUUGUGCGCAAUUCGGAAAGAAAAAAAAUCAUUUGCAUGUUUCUAAAUCAAUAAUUGUGUUCAAUCAGUUGUUUUAAAAUAUUAAGCUUCUGCUUAGUUACUAUAAAUGAUUAGUUUCAAUGAAAGAAACGUUAAAAAUAUAUUUUUCUACGUUAAAAAUCUUACCAGUUAGACUUUUUUCCAAAUUUAGGCAUAAUUGAAAUUUAAGCUUUCUUGAUAAUCUUGUGUCGUUAUUUUGAAGUACUACUUCUUUUUUUCGUAUUUUUCUUCUAUUAUUUUUUUCAGAGGUGGUGUUUGGCCGCUGCCAUGGACGAUUUCCUACGAUUCGUACAACCACACGAUCAACCCAGCUAGCUUUUACUUCACCUCAAAGGUUGUCUUUUUUUUUUUUGAACUUUGGCGCAAUGUUUAAAAAUAAAACUUGAAGGUCGGCGCAUGCGACGUGAUUGACAAAGCGACAGCCAGAUAUCUGAAAAAGUUCCUUUUUCCUCGUUAUAAGGCCGCUUCUUAUUCGGAUCAGCCGGCGACUUUGACGAGUUUGGUGAUAACCGUGGCUCAAGGAUGCGAUCAGGGCUAUCCGCAGUUGGAAAUGGACGAAAGUUGUGGGUUUUGAAGUGAAAUGAUGUUAAACGGAAACCCGGAAUAUAUUGGGUGGAAAGUUAGAAUUGAAAUAAGAACAAGAACUCAAAAAUAAGCAAAUUUUUUAAUAAGAUUGAAGUUGAAGAGAGCUUUGAACUUCAAUUUCUUGAUAGUUUUGGAGCUUUUGAUCAAUCUAUAAAAUUAUCAAAAUGUCUUUUCAUGUCUUGUUAACUAAAAGAGUUCUUCAGACCAGCUUUCUGUCACCCAAGGAAAAGCGAUCGCAACUCUCACUGCGAACCAAGUUUGGGGCGCUCUUCGAGGCCUCGAAUCCUUCAGCCAGUUGAUUUAUUUGCCCGACGACAACAAGGUUAUUUUCAUGGAAAUAUAGCAAAUUUCAGUAUGAGAGACUAUAGCAGGCUUUUUUUUUUCUCAAAAUACUCUAAAAAUGCAAAAAGAUCUCCUCGAGCCUCAAUUCUUCUUACCACUGGUUUGAUCUUCCCCUAACUUCUUCGGUUUUUUAUUAAAUUUUUAAUUUUUUUAAAGACUUAGUUUUCAGAAAGUAUUACCUUUAUUGACAUGAUAAACAUGCUUUCAAGAAUCCUUUGAAUGAAAAUUUGCACGUUCAGUUCCGAGUCCGCGCUGCCUCAAUCGCCGACUCGCCGCGGUUUCCGCAUCGAGGCAUUAUGAUAGAUUCGUCGAGGCAUUUUCUCCCCGUCGGCGUGAUCCUUCAGAAUAUCGUUAGUCUUGGAAUAUUCUAAAGAAAGGAUUUUAUUUCAGGAAAUCAUGGCGAUGAACAAGAUGAACGUUUUGCACUGGCAUUUGGUCGACUCCGAGGCUUUCCCCUACACUUCUACAGUUUAUCCCCAGCUUUCACAGAAAGUUAUUGAAUAAAUUCUUUUUUAAACAUGAAAAUUGAAUUUUGAGGGCGCCUAUUCUCCAAGACAUGUGUAUUCUGUCGCUGAUAUGAAAAAAACGUCAUCGAUUUCGCCAGACUUCGAGGAGUUCGAGUCGUUCCAGAGUUUGACACCCCAGGUUUUCUUUUGUGAAUCAAAAGUUCACACAAACGAUUUUUUUCAAUUUUUUUGAAUAAGUUGAGAGCUUUAAAAAAACUGUUUUGAAUGUUCAGAAGGAUAAAAAAAAACUCAAGUUCGAAUUUGAAAUGCGCGAAAAAAAAGUUCAAAACUUUUUUUUGGUCAAGAGGAAUGUGAAAGCUAGUUCCAAUUUACAGAGAUUUAUUUUUCGACGUUUUUUUCAUUUCAGAAAAACUGAGAAUUGAAGUUUUUUUAUAAUUCAGAAUUUUGUAAUUCACUUUUUUUUCUUUUGCUAUCAACUUGUUCAUGGCCUACACUACCAAAAUAGAAACUUUAGCUAAGAGUACUGUUUCAUUCAGAAAAUGAAGUGUCCCAUGCGGUGGAAAGUUAUUCAAAAAGAAUGCGAACGAUCUGUGAAAAAAAUGAAAAAUAAUUUUUUUUAAUGUCUUAGUUUCUUUGUUCUGAAUAGUUUCGAUACUGGGAAAAAUUUUUUUAGUGACCACUAUAGAGGUUCGCUAUUUAGUGUCCACUUCAGUAGUUUCUCAUCCAGUAUUCCUUCCAGUAACUCUGAUAAUUUCAAAAUAAUCAAAUUGGACCAGUUAUGUUGAUCCAUUGACCCCUAAAGUGGCCACUAAAAUGUCUUGUGGUGUAUUAGAAGCACUUAGCCCUCUAUAGUGACCACUAAUUUGACUACUUUAGUGGCCACUAAACGUCAAAUCCCUAUAAUGGCCACUAAAAAUUUUCCCAGCAAGCUUCCAAUUUUCGACUUCAAAUAGAAAAAUCCUGGUCGCACGUAGAAUGGCUUAACGCGUUUCGGUUGAAAAUUUGGGACUUUCGAAAUGUUGCCGAUCCAUAGAUUUCACGCCGCGCAAGUCGUUUGUGGUCCGAGGCAAUUUAUUUAUAUCGAUAUUUCUAAAUACAAUCAACUUUUUCUUCUAUUUCGGGACGGUUUCAGGCCACACCGGCUCGUGGAGUUAUUCGAUUCCGAACCUCGCCAGCAAAUGUUACAACUCGAAUGGAGCCAUUUCCGAAAUGUCCAACAUCAUCGACGCCACCAUCCCGGCCAAUUAUGAUUUCCUCUCAAACUUCUUCACGGUUUCCAUAAAAAUCAUGUAGAGAUUCAUUCCGAAUGGCUUCCAGGAAGCUCUGGCCCUUUUCAAAGACAAUUACAUGCAUUUCGGUGGCGAUGAGGUGGCCUACGACAUGAGGGAAUGCUGGUAAUAUAUAUUUUUUAGAGAUUAAAAUUCAAAGUUGGGAAAUUUGAGGUAUAACAAUCAAGAUGUUCGCAAAAGAAUGUCGGACAUGGGCCUGGGGUCUGAUACUUCCGCCUUGCUCAAUUAUUACUGGAAAAAGUGGGCUUUAAAAGAAUUAAUUUGUGAAAAUGAUCCAAUGAAAAUUCGACAAAAACUGCCAAAAAUUGUUUAGGCUCUGAAAUCGUUGUCAAGAGUGCUCCACGGAGAAAAAAUUUUUUUUUUCAUUUUUUCCUGAAUUUUUCCUGAAAGAAUUUGGUCAAAGGUUUAAAAAAAGCCUGUGAAAGGGGCAAAAAAGGCUCUCUAUAGGGAUAAAAUUCAGGUGGUCUUUAUUGGGGGCUCAAGAUCUGACUUAAGGGAUACCUAUAGUGACCUUUAAUUUUUACAAAUCUGAAAAAGACGUAUUCGAUAAAAAAAUUGAUGAGAGCCACUUUUGCGACUUUCAACUCCCCCUAUAAGGGAGGUAAAGUGAUACCUAGAGAGAACCUUCAAGGGCCCCUAUAGGGACCACUCUAACGUUCCUAAAAUAAUUUUUUGUUUUCUUGUAUUUUUUCAGGCUUUUCGGUAUCAUUGAUAAAGCGAGAGCUGGCACUAAGAAGGUCGUUUGGCAAGAAGUUUUGGACAUGAAUGUUCCGGUUUGAAAUUAACGUCCUUAAUAAAUGAAGAAGAUGUUUUGAGGCAACUGACUCGAUCGCCCACGUCUGGAAAGGAGACACUCUCGACGAAGUUAUGCAGGAGAUGGCCAGCGUUACGAUGAACCACAAGGCGAUUUUGUCGAGUUGCUGGUAAGAAUCCGAACAGACUCUAUUCAAAGUUAUAAGCAAAUAUAAAAAUGCAUUCCUCUUCAAUGACUCGGACAUGACUUCUCUGCGUCCUCCUCAUCUCUAGUCAACGCUCUCCUUUUGACGUGCUCUUUUCGUGUUUCUCUGACCGGAGAGAGAAUAGAGACGCAGACACUCGAAAAAUUUCAAGUCACAGCGAACGGACCAUAUAGGAAGCUAAUGACUGAGAGUUAAAAAAAGGAUCGAAUUUUGAUAAAAAUUCCUACAAAUUUCAUGAAGAUCCCAUCAUUUUUUGAAUAGCCAAAAAGGUUAAAGUUUAUCAGGAGAGUUUGAGAGAUUCGUCUAUUAUGAGCAAAACCCGUGAAAUAUAUAAACUUAUAAGCAUUUUCAAUAAUUUUUUGAGCCAGUGGUCAUAAAAACAUUCAAAAGGGGAAUAAAGAAAUAGAAUAAAGAAACUUUGAAGCUUUUGAGGAGGAAUAUUUGGUUUUUUUUUUUCAAUUUUCAUGUUUUUCGCUUUUUUAAACGUUUCUCUUCACAUUAAGAGAUAUUUGGCACUUUAUUUCCAUUGAUAUUCUCAAUUCUAAGAACUAGUCCCGUGCUUUUACAGGUACCUCAACUACAUAAAAUAUGGGGCCGACUGGGGCUACGUCAACGAACAGAACAUGAGGGACCGUGGAAUGUAUUAUCAGUGCGAUCCGCAGAACUUCACCGGAACCCAGGCGCAGAAGGUUCCUCAAAGCUUGUUAUCCAGGAGUUAAUCCCGAUAAAACAACAAAAUCUCCGUUUCCAGUAGUUUUCUUAUUCAUUUCUUCGUAGAAACUGUCAGUUCUUAUAAUCGCUUCCGGGUUAGAAAUAAGAAGAGUUUUUCAAGUUUAUUACAUUGUAAAAAGAUAAAAAUAGAUAGUUCCAAAGGGUAUUUUUCAAAUUGCAAUUAUAAUUUGCAUACGCUAGGCGACGAGACAAUAAACAUCAGAAGCUGGUCAGGCUCCUCAAAAAAAAAAGAAUAAAAUAUAAAAAAAAAUUUGAAGGACCGCGUGUUGGGAGGAGAAGCGGCGCUUUGGGGCGAGUUCGUCGACAGUACCAACCUCAUUCAGCGUCUCUGGCCUCGGGCUUCCGCCGUCGCGGAACGGCUUUGGUCUGAUCCCAAGCAGACGACUUCGGCCGACGCCGCCUGGCCUAGACUUCACGAAAUGAGGUUCAGAUUCAUUUUUUUUUUACCCUGGAAAGACGUAUCGGGGACAGGUAUUGAAAGAAUACCGAGCACAUACCUGGAUUAUGAUAAUGUAAAAUUCAUUUAUUUCAAGUGUAGUUGUGCUUAUCGUUCUCGGUACGUACCGAAAGCGUGGAAUGGUAUUCCGUUAGUUUAUCACAUUUUUAUAAAAUUUGGCAAGGUACCCUCGUGGUACCAUUAGGUAUCAGACCCCUAGACUGUUCAAUUUAACACACGUUUUCCCAGAAACGCGAAGAACCCUUGCUACGAGAUUUUUAGAUUGAGUCUUCUGAUUUGUGGUUAAAAUAACCGCACAAGACUCUGGAAGCUUCGCAUAAGAAAUUUUAGGGUUACGGUAGCGAAAAUACCGAAAAAACCUAAUGUUUAAUUCUGUGCUCCAAAUUGAAUGAAGUCUACUUUCAAUGUGAUCUUAAAAAAAAUUGAACCUUUUGUGUAGAAAUUGUUUUAAUUUUUGGUUAAUUUGAGGAAAAAUACGUAUUCAAAACCUAGAAGUUUAGCAAGUUGGAACUUCAAAAGACUUGUCCCGGGACAUCGGAGAAUGUUAUGACCGAUUCCGAGAAAACCCUAAGCUCAAUAAGUUUUCUUUGUCAGAUGCCGCUUGCUCGGACGUGGCUUCGCUGGAGAACCGGUCAACGACCCCGACUUUUGUCCUUUUGAAUGGGACGUCCAGUAUUCAGAUUAA